UAUGCUCCAAGAGUGGCCUUUGAAUUUGAACGUUACUCUAAUGUAAUUGUGACAUUGUCAUUUUCUGUUGAUGUAGUUGUUUCUAGUGCAAAUUUUGUGAACAAUUAACUUCUCUAAUAUUUUAAUAUUUGUAGUCUAUCAGGUUCCAAUAGAACUAUGUCUGAUCAAUAGAAAGGAGUUCAAAGAUAUCUCGUUUGCAUAUAUUCGUUCCAUGUUUGUCGUUAAGGCCUUGGCCGUUUGGUUCUCUUUCAAAUUGUUGUCACUCAAAUUUGUCGGGCUAUCAAAUUUUACAUCGGUAGUUCAUUCGUUUCUUGUUGAGGUUUCCCGUUAAAAUAAUUAGUGAGUUGUUUCAGCGAGACUAUAAUUUGUGUACGAAACAAUGAAAUCAAGGGCUGCAAGUCUUGGAUCUCGGUGGAAAAAUUGCUUGUUAUAAUAGAUGGACAGCAUUUUUAGCAUUAUAUCUGAUGUCAGCUCGUGUUGAAAAUCCAUACUUUAAUUCCUAAUCCUAAUUGUAUUUUAAGCGUGGUUUGCACUUUUUCCAAAGACAAGCCCAAACAGUCCAUUUUAUUCCUAAGUGGAUACAUCUCUAUUGUUCCGUUCAAGACGUAAGGUUAGGAAGGUCUACCUAACCUAAUUUUUUUAGUUUUGUUGUGGGUGACAUCCUGGGGAUAGCUUUGAUGGAUGUAAGUAAAGGUAGUGUGGGCUCUGUUACCUGAAGAGAAAAAGUUUCGACCCUGAGUAUGCUGGUGAUAUUGUCUUUCUGUAAUGAUACUCAAACCAUGCAAUCCUCACCGAUUGUUGUUCGUACACAUGGCAUGUACUUUACACCUAAGUGUGAAGUGAUUAUGCAAGACCGGCUGAAGCCUGUGCCUGCACUUACUCUUGGUAGUGAGUAUUUAGAUGUGGUUGAGUUCGUCUAUAUGAGUAGCCAUGUAGGUGUUUAUGGCGGCGUGAUUGAUAUGACCAAUCUAGAUAUGGCUAAAGCUGGAGUGGCUUAUGUCAAACUGAUCGUCUAUGGCGCUGUUGAGAUAUUAGUCUUACUGUUAAAGGUCGAGUUUACAACGCGACAAUGGGAGUUUUGUACUAUUCAUGUGAAACGUAGCUUCUCCGAUUCGAAUAUGCUAAGUGAUUCUGCGUUCAAUCAUUGUUGUCGCGAAGGUAUUGUUAACACCUAGUAGCAACACCUUUUUAGUAAUUCUGAGGUUUGGAAACGUAUUUUCAUAUACUAACGACAAUUCAGUUGCUGUCACCAUCUCAAAACACUUGCUUCGGUGACCUGAAGAUGUGCUUCGAACAUCGUCCCAGCGAAUUGCAUCUUGUAUAUUAUUUGCCGACGGUGGAACUGUCUGGGAAAAGUGGAGAGGUGGUCAGUUUGUGACGUAGUGCUUGGGUAUGGAAGAAAGCUGUACAGAACUGGCGUGUCCAUCCUUCACGACUCUCUGGUCGCGGUCGCGGGAAUGGUGCAACACAGUGGCUUAAAGCUAUAUUAGAUAUGGCUCAAAAUAAAAGUCAGUGGCGGUACUGCUGUCAUUUUCCUUUAUUUUAUCCAUAGAAAUGGAGGAAAUUUCUUCGAUUAAACUAAUUAGUCCUAGCUGUAUUUUUCCUUAUCGAAAUCCCAUUAUACUGUUACUUUCAAUCCAUCUUUGUUCAUUUGCUUUUUAAAUCUUUAAUCUCUUUUCAGUCCCAUUUAUUGUGUGGUAAAUAUUUAUUUGGGUUUCCGUUUGUGCUAAUAUUUGUGUUCAGGCAAAUGAUGGUGAUUCAUAUUAAAUAGAUAGGUAAAGACCACACUAUACAUUGUUCGUCUUACUAAUUUACUUUUUUUUUAAAUAUCUCGUACUACCAUACAAUGUUUUCGGGAUGUACCUAUAUCUAAAGAAUAUGAAACUAUCUCGCUGACUGGAAAUCAUUAUGUAUUGUUCCCUUUCAAAAAAAUAAUUCCCCGUUAUGGAACUUAAAAGUACUUAAAAUAGAAGCAACUCAAUUUGCUUUGAGGAUUGGAGUUUGGGAGUUUGUACCAAGUGUUGAUUCGAGUUUUAAUGCCUCGUCGCCAUUAAUAGUGGAUUCUAUCAUGAAUAAGUUUCUUUGAUAUAGACUUUCAUAUAAUUUACUUACCGACUAAAAGGUAGGUUCUUUCAAGGGUUCUUCAAUGUUAUGGAUUUUCACUAACCUUCAAAUAUAUUGUUGCUGUUAUCAUAAUUAAGUACUUACCCACUUACUAUUGAUUUCUAUCAAUUGUUGAUGUUUAAAACUAUUAUCUAAAUAUUUCUCUUAGGAGUAUCCCUGAAUCACAGGCCAAACACCUUAUUACGAUAUACUUUAACCAGCUUAUCCAUGGUUGUCGUAAUGUAGAUUGUCAAAAUAGAAACUGUGCAUCUUCAGCUAAUUUUGUGCAUUCGGGUAUUACACCAAAUCAAGCAGCUGCUCUAGCAAUAGAAUUAACAAUCAACCGUGCUGAUCUUUGUUUAUCUACUGACGCAAUCUUAUCAUCUUCUGGAAUGAGCAACCCAUCAACUUCAAGUUCUGUGGAACCUGAAGUUAAUAGGGAUGACAACGGUGGUGAGACGUCGAGCGAAAUGAAUGAAGCGUCUAGUUACCUUUCUCAAGAGCUGCCAAGUCUUCAAACGACUUCUGUCCCUUCAUCACAACAGCUUGCUGCUACUUCGGAUGCCAUAACAUCAGGUCCUGAUGAAGAUUCGUUUCAUUCUCUGAUGACACCCGCUGAAGUUACUCGGUUAAUCAUGUUUCUGUUUGAUGCUUCGGAAAAUGACGAAAUAAAUUCUUCCCAGCUAAAUGAACCAGCUUCUGGAGUUAAUACAGAGGACUACGCGGCGGACAAUGAUAACUCUUUAACUUCCGCUUUCCUUAGUCGCAGUCACCUGUUUGGAACAUCUAGGCCAUCUAGUUCGAGCUCUGAUACUUUGAAAGCCCUCAAAGGACCAACAAACCAAAAUAACCACACAACUCCAUCAUUGAACACAUCUAUCGAACGUGAAUCUCGUAAAACUGGUUUGACAUUAACCGAGUUACAGAAGGCUAUUGAAAUGGGAAAGAAAAAUGGAGAGUGGUCCUGUCUUAUAAGUUUAUUAAAUUCAGUUUUCAGUUCGUAUGAUGCAUUAUCAAGUAGUUUCUUACAUGAAUUAUGUAUGGCUAAAUCUGGAAAGCAAUCCAAAGGGGAUAAAAAAACUACAGGUGUCUCAGACUCACUACUGUGUAGCACCAGUGCCAAAACGCUAAAAGAUUACAUUGAAGUUAUUUCACCAACUGUAAAUAAUUCUGAUGGCUCGGUUGGCAACAUAACAGAAUCUUUUUGGGUCGAAGGUAUGACUAGUAGCUCAACAGAUUUUCCUAUUUAUCAAAAUGAUGUAGAAAUGGUUGAUCAACAAGUGAACUCUAUUGAAAUUAUUGAAAAAUCAGAAAACAAUGUUUAUUGGCCAUCUGUUAAUCUUAAUGAUUUACGUAAAGCUUGGUCUAUGAUUGUAUCUAUACCUGAACGUCAAAAUAUUGUAGAUACACUAAUGAGAGCUGUUCGUCGUUUGGUUGUGAUAAGUUUACAUCAACUUUUAGUUAUUCAACCACCUGAUGGAUUAGACGAUAAUCAACCACCUACUGAAAUAGCUAUUAUUCAACAACGAUUAGUGAAUCUUUUUAUUAUUCUUUAUGAAUGUCCAUUUGCAACAGAUCCUUUACAUUUUGAGCUUUUAUUGUUAAAUAUUAAUCGUGCCGUAACUUGGCUUCCAAACACAAUACAAGUUAUGUUAUGUCGAGCAUGGGCUAAUUCUGUACACACACCAUUAGCCAAUUGUACAGAAUCACCAAAUCCAGAACAAACUAAUUUAUGGUGUCUACAAAAAAUUCUAUUACAUCAUAUUACUUUACGUUGUUUAACUACAGAUCAUGGUUUACCAAAUGAAGAUAAACAGAUUUGUGAAGCUGCACUUGUAUUACGUAUUGUUUACUACGCUAGUCUAUUGGCUGGUCAAAUGGAUUCACCUGAAUUAUUAGAAAUGGAAGCUGAAGAAAAUAGAUUAUUUGAACAACAAAUGCUUACUCAUAUUGGACCUACUUACGAAAGACGUUCUCGUGUCAGUUUACCUGAAGAUCCAUUUGCUAAAGCACUGAAUAUUUCUCCUAAUGAUUGUCGUAAACCAUUUAUUCCAGUUAAAGAUUUUGUAAAUGAAACACUGAAUGAUGGCCUACAGCCAAAAAAAGAUUAUAUUUAUUAUCGUUCAAAAGGUAUAUCAAAUGAGUUAAGCUUUAUGAAAUUACCGUUUCUGUUACAAACUAGUUCAAAAUCUGUUCUCUUGUAUUAUGAUAACCGUAUGCGUAUGUUAGAUGAACGUCGCGGUGUUCUGAUGCAUACUUUUCUUAUGGAUACACCUGAAAUGCCUUUCUUUAAACUGCGUGUUCAUCGGGAUAGAAUUGUUGAAGAUGCUUUGUUAAUUUUGGAAAUUGCCUUUAUGGAAAAUCCGGGUGAUUUUAAAAAACAACUUCUCAUAGAAUUUGAUGGUGAACAAGGAAUUGAUGAAGGUGGACUUAGUAAAGAGUUUUUCCAGCUGAUCAUUGAACGUAUCUUUAAUCCAGACUAUGGUAUGUUUGUACUAGAUGAAGAAACCCAAAAUUAUUGGUUUAAUCCAGUUCCUCUGGACGAUAUGGAACGUGAAUAUUGUUUAAUUGGGACUUUAUUGGGUUUAGCAAUUUAUAAUGAUGUUAUAUUGGAUGUUAAUUUUCCAUCAGUGUUAUAUCGAAAAUUAGUUGGAAAAUUGGGUACAUUUGAAGAUUUAUUUGAUGCUAGACCUAGUUUAGCCCAAGGAUUAAAAAGUCUAUUAGAAUAUGAACAUGAUGAUAUUGAAAACGUGUUCGGUUGUUCAUUCUCUGUCAAUUACCUUGAUCCAUUUGGUAAUGUUGUUACACAUGAACUAAAGCCGGAUGGAGCUACAGUUCCAGUUACAAAAGAAAACCGUAAAGAAUAUGUAGAUUUGUAUUCAAGUUUCUUGUUGAAUGAUUCUGUAAAAAAACAAUUCAAUGCUUUCCGAAGAGGUUUUCAAAUGGUUGUUGAUGAAAGUCCAUUAACAUUUUUAUUUCGUCCAGAUGAAUUAGAGCUACUUGUUCGUGGAAGCCCAGUAUAUGAUUUCAAUGAAUUAGAAAGAGUCACCACAUAUGAAGAAUAUACAUCUGAUUCGGCUGUUAUCAAAAAUUUCUGGUCUGUAGUACAUUCAAUGACUGAAGAACAGAAAAAACAAUUAUUACAAUUUUCCACUGGUUCUGAUCGUGUACCAGUUGGUGGUAUGUCCAAAAUGAAAUUUACUAUAGCACGUCAAGGUGCUGAUACUAAUAGAUUACCAUCUGCUCAUACUUGUUUCAACAUUCUUUUAUUACCGGAAUAUCAAAGUUUAGAAAAAUUACAACAAUCAUUGUUACUGGCGAUAACACAUUGUAAAGGAUUUGGAAUGUCAUAAAUUCAAGUUGUCUUCUCCUUCUUCUUUCUUUUUGUCCUGUGCAUAGCUUCUUUGUUUUAUCAUUGGUCGACUACUUUCUUUCUUCUUGUUUUUCGAUUUCCUAUAGUUUAUUUUUUUGGUUACCUGCGGGAUUUCCCUCUCUCUCUGUUUCUCGAUAGGAUGAGGGAAAUAUUAAUCAAUUACUUGGGUGUUUUUAAUUUGUAGUAAAUUUUCUUGAAACUCAGUCACUAUUUUAUCAUAUUUUUUUUGGAUUAAAUCUGUACCGCCAACGUUGUUUGUUUAUCAUCAAUGUUCAACACGUAUAAACACCUACCUACCUAUAUAAUUAUAAAUAACAUGGUUUUUUGCACAUAACUACAUAUAUAUUGGCAGCAGACAUAAAUUACAAUUUCAUAAAAUCUGCUCAAAUUAUUGCAUAUACAGUGAAAUAUAUCAGUAUUUGUUAUACUAUGAACAAAUGAUAACUAUAUAAAGAAACAGAAGAUCAGCACAAUGUUUGCACGUUUACAUAAUGAUUAUACUCAUCAUAUUUGUAACACAAUGUAAACGUACAUGUGAUUUACGUAUUCAAUCGACCAAAUGAAUUAGUCAGCUGAUUAAAUCAUAUAGUAAUAAUAAUAAUAAAUAUGAUACAUCUCUUCGAUGAAUCUAGUUUAGCUAUUUUUGUCCAUUCGUCUGUCAAUGUAUGAACCUGUUUGUUCAUAUCAAUACAUGUCUUUCUUUCUGAAAUGUCCGGUAUACGAAGGGAACACUUAAGGAGACUACUGAAUAAUUGUGUAAUGAUACUCACUGUACAUCGUUUUCCCACGAAGAAAACACAACUUUAACAUUUAGCCAUGUUUCGGUUUCUUUUUUAAAAAACAACAAAAUCAAAACGUCGGUUUAUCAGAAAAAGAAAAUUUAGUUUCAUUUUCUCUAAAUUACGAACUUUAGUUUUUUUCCUUUUUUUUAAUGAGCUUUGUAUUUGACACGUUUUUGAAAAGAUUUCUCCUCUUGCAAUGAACAAAGUGGAAAUCGACCAAACAUCUUCAUAAUCAAUUUAUUGUGUGUAUUUUCGUUUUCCCAUGUGUCCAUUUUUCCUCUUUCUCUUUGUUUAUUAUCUUGAAUGAUUGAUGUAACUAUUAAUAUAUUAUUUGUCGUGGUGUGAAUACUACUGCUAUGGUGAUCGUUAUCAGUAGUAUAUAUCGCAGACACAUGGUUAAAAGUAAAUUAGAAUUGCAAAAUAAAAUAAACGUUGUUUACUAUUUGUCCACGUUGUUUGUCUUUUCCAUUUAUUGAUUUGCCUUUCAAUCUCAACGAGUUUUUAGUUGUUUGAUUGUACGCUUGUACUGUCACUUAGGUUCUAUUGAUAUUUCUACACAUAUGAAAACUUCUCUGAAGUAUGUUUAGUCAUUAUAAACUGCGCUACUGUAUACGUUGAAAUAUCUUAAUGUCUAUUGAAUAUGCGAUGUUAUACUAUCGUUAAGAUUAGGAUAGUAAUUCUUAAUUGUAAUGGCUUUUUAAGAAUCUUACUUUUGUUGCGUUUUCUAGAUCGAAGUUUCCUAAUGAGUUGUUAUUUUAGAUCUCAUAAAACUCCACUAAAUGAAAUUACUGCUAAAAGGGUUGUUAUUUGAGUUUUUUGAUGAUUUCUAUGUAGAUACUUCCAGCUAACAUGGAACUCGAUUGUCUUCCAUGCUCAUUGACGACUAGCUUACUGCAACAGGCUUGUAAAUGUUUCUUUUUUUUGAACUAUCAAUAUAUGACUGGUAAUAUUUUGUACUUCUCAAUAAAUGGCAUCAUUUAGUUUCAUAAAUUG